UUAUUUUUUCUUUGAGGCGCUUGACUGCAACAAGAAAGCGCUCAUAUGACAUGAUUGUUAGAAAGCUUUCUUCCCAUUGGUCAAUUGAAGCAAGUCGCACAAUAUUCAAAACCUGAGGAAAUACGAACGAUGGCAUCUCAUUCACAAAACACAAACCCAGUCGUUGCCUCCCCUAGGAGUAAAGAUGUCAAGAAACACGGGUCAUCCUCAAAAGAUAACCAUUCAGUCAGCAAAAGGUUGCAGCAAGAAUUAAUGACUUUACUUACAUCUGGUGAUCCAGGUAUCUCAGCUUUUCCAGAUAAUGAUAAUUUGUUUAAAUGGAUAGCGACUGUGAAUGGUGCAAAAGGAACAGUAUAUGAAGGACUGCAAUACAAGUUGACCUUUGACUUCCCAAGUGGAUAUCCUUACCAAGCUCCUACAGUCAGAUUUGAAACACCAUGCUACCAUCCUAAUGUAGACAAACAUGGAAAUAUUUGUCUGGACAUCCUAAAGGAGAAAUGGUCAGCGCUGUAUGAUGUAAGGACAAUAUUGUUGUCAUUACAGAGUUUACUAGGAGAACCAAAUAUAGACAGUCCAUUGAAUGUGCAAGCAGCAGACCUAUGGAAAAAUCAGGAAGGCUACAAGAAAUUGUUACUGGAGAAAUACGAACAGGAAGUGACGAAAAAAGAGUCGUAGACAUAUAUGUCGAUAUAUUCUUAAUGUGCAAUAUGUUAGACAAUGUUUGUGAAUUACUAAUCAUAGAUAAUUUGUACACGUAUUCUAAGGUGAACUAAUGAUAUAAUGAAUUAGUAAAUUUUUUCUUGAGGAUAUUUUCAAAAGGUCAUUGAUACUACUGCGAAGAAGUUCAUUUUCACCAAGUUUUAAUUCACAUUUUCAUGUUUUCAUAUUUUUCUUUUUCCUAAUUCUGGUCUCUUUUUGAGAUUAUUUUUUUGCUAUCAUAUCUUUUUACUAGAACCACUUCUGUUUAAUGUAAAAUAUGCUUCUCAUCUUGUUCUCUGAAAACUUUCAAUUAUGAUUUUGAUUGUUUAGACCGGUGAAAUGUAUUGUGUUACCAUUUAAUACUUGUAAUUGGCAUGGUCAGUCAGUUUUUUUUUUGUUUUUUUUUUAAAUAAACAAGCUUUUUAUGAAUAAAAAAUGGAAAAUAAUGCAACUUUAAGAUGUUAUUUUGUAAUUUGUCUUUUCAAAUGUAUAUCUGUUGUGAAUUAUUUUGGUAACAUUAUUUUAUACUGUGAAUCAAAUGUAAUACACAUUUUUAGCCUGAAUUCCAAAGUCAGUCAUCAAAAUCUCAAAUUUAAUGAAUAUUCCUUGUUUUGGUUGUGGUUUUAACAAACAAGAAACUGAUUGUUUUUUGAAAGUUUUGUGUUAAGUGUACUGAACCUAUUUUAUUUUCAGGAAAUUAGGAAUAAAGGAAAAUUUGACACAUUGGUCUCCUGGAUAAAAAGAAGCAUAAUAUUUAUGACUGCUUGGUUAAGAAGAUAUGACCACUUGAUGUUUUAAAAGAUUUCAAACUACAUUGUUUCACAAAAUAAUCUACAGGAGAAAUAUUGAUAAA